CCUUUACAGGCUCCAGGUUCCCCUUCAAGGCUUGUGCUUUCAACAGCUCUGGAGGAGCAGGGAGGACAUGGCCAGGGGCCUUGACAACGUGCUCGGAGGGGCAGCCCUGGUCGUGCUGGCUACCGCGGCCACAGCUGUGACAGCGACCACCAUCCCUGGCUUCGUGGCCAGGAUCUCCCAGAAGGGCCUGGACUAUGCCUCCCAGCAGGGAGUGGCCGUGCUGCAGAAGGAGUUGAAGAAUAUCACGAUUCCCAAUUUCUCAGGAGCCUUUAUGGUUAAGCGCCUUGGGGAAGGGAACUGCAACUUUUACGGCCUGGUAAUCAGGGACGUCCGCCUUCCCAGUUCUCAGAUAACACUGGUGCCCAAUGAGGGCCUCAAAGUCUCCAUCAGCGCCAAUGUCAAGAUCAGUGGGGAAUGGAAGGCAGAAGUGAGUUUCAUCAAACUCAGAAACAAGUUUAACCUGAACGUCCAGGGCAUCUCCAUUUCGGCCGAUCUGAAGCUGGGCAGCGAUCCCAUCUCAGGCCACGUCACCAUUGCCUGUUCCAGUUGCAGGAGCAACAUCAAAAACAUCCACAUACGCGGUUCCAGAAACCUGGGGUUGCUGAUCUAUCUCUUCCGCAAGAAAAUCGAGCUUUCACUCCACAGAACCAUGAACGACAAGAUCUGCAAGGUAGUGACCAACUCUGUGUCCUCCAAGCUGCAACCUUAUUUCCAAACUCUUCCAGUGACAGCCAAGACAAAUUCUGUGGCUGGGGUCGACUAUCGUCUGGUGGCACCUCCAGUAGCCACAGCUGAAAGCCUGGACGGGCAGCUGAAGGGGGAGUUUUUCAGCCUGGCCCACCGUAGCCCACCUCCCUUUGCCCCGCCGGCAAUCACAUUCCCCCACCACCGCAACCACAUGGUUUACCUGGGCAUCUCUGACUACUUCUUCAACACGGCCGGGCGGGUGUUCCAAGAGGCUGGUGACUUGAAGCUGGCCAUCAAGGACGUUAUGAUUCCAAAGAAAUCUAAAAUCCGACUGACGACCACCUACUUUGGCAACUUGAUACCCCAGGUGGCCAGAAUGUACCCUGACAUGAAGGUGCAGCUUCUCAUCUCAAUGUCCUCCCCGCCACACCUGUCCAUGCACCCCAUCGGUCUGACCUUCAACCCUGUCCUGGAGGCCCAGGCCUUCGCCGUCCUCCCCAACUCCUCCUUGGCCUCCCUCUUCGUACUCAACAUGAGCACGAAUGUUAUUGUGGAGGUCAACGCCACAUCUGGCAGGCUUGUGGGAGAGCUCCAGCUGGGCAGGCUGACCCUGGCACUGAAGCACUCGGGCGUGGGCCCCUUCUCGGUGAAAGUGCUGAAGAAUGUCAUGAACUUCAUCCUUCCCACCAUCGUGCUGCCCAGGGUUAACGAGAGGAUGCAGAGAGGCUUCCCACUCCCGCUGCCUGCCAGGGUCCAGCUCUCCAACCUGAUGGUACAGUCUCACAAGAACUUCCUGCUGUUAGGUGCAGACGUUCACUAUGACUGAAGCCUCGGGAGCUCUGGGGACUGUCUGCCCCGUCAGGGGAGAGAGGUCGUCAGCACCUGUUCCUGUUGGGCUGUGGGCACAGGACACCUUUCUCCGAGGAAUCUUCUCUAGAUCUUCGCCUAUAGCCCCUUGCAGACUCUCUGAACUCAGAUUCAGAAAUGACCUAAACACCGGAACCUUGUUCGUGGGGAAAAUGUGCAUUGUUGUUGUGGGGAUGAUGAGCAUCUUUCAAAGCUACAUAGACGCGUCCUCUGGGAAUUGCUUCCUGGUUAUAACCAUGAUAUUUCCGUUGUGCUUGACUAAAAUACCCUGUCUUUCCCGUG